AUGCCUCGUGUGGGGGUUAGUGUAGCAGCAGCAGAGAAAACGCCGGGGGCUUCUCUCAGUCGAACGCGCACUCGGAAACAGCAGCAGCAGCAGCAGCAGCAGCAGGAUGAUGAGCAGCAGCAGCAGCAGCAGCUGCGGGGGCAGCAGCAGACCCCUGAGGCAGCGGGAUGCCUCCUGCUGCAUGCAGGAGACAGGAAGGGCCAUCUGCUGCUGCCUCCCGCGCGGCGUCCAAAUGCAGCAGCAGCAGCAGCAGCAGCAACAGCAGCAGCAGCAGCAGCAGCAGCAGCAGAUGUAAGACACCGGUGUCUUGCCGUCGGCAGGGCCGAGGUCGUGUGUCUCCUGCUGCAGCAGCAGCAGCAGCAGCAGCAGCAGCAUCACCAGCAGCAGCAGCAGCAGCAACAGCAGCAGCAGCAGCAGCAGCAGCAAGACGGCCGGGCAAAGCCUCUGCCAUUCCCCCCGCAUGUCGCAGCACAUCUCGCAGCAGCAGCCGCAGCAGCAGCAGCAGCAACAGCAACAGCAGCAGCAGCAGCAGCAGCAGCAGCAGCAGCAGCAGCUGGGGGAUAA